UCAAAUACUUACGCGUGUGGCAAAAGAUAACGAUUUUGACUUGAAUGCAUUGGAAAGCCUUAAAAAUCUUCCCACUUCCCAGCCACGUAACUAAUUCACCUCUUCGUUUCACUCUCCGAGUCAACCGAGUCAACUCACCACCACCAAUGCCUCCGUCCACCAAACCGAACCUUCCUUGGAAGCUUCGCAUAUUGACCUCUCUCCUCAACCUCCUCAUCAACGCCUCUCGCCGCUCCAAUGGCACCGUCAACCGCCGUCUCUUCAACUUCUUCGACCGCAAGCUCCCCUCUAGCCCCAACCCCGUCGACGGUGUCAAAACCUCCGACGUCACCGUCGACGCCACCCGCAACCUCUGGUUCCGCCUCUUCGCCCCUUCCUCCUCCGUCGCCACCACCCUUCCCGUCGUCAUCUUCUUCCACGGCGGCGGCUUCGCGUUCCUCUCCCCGGCUUCAGCCGCAUACGACGCCGUUUGUCGCUUCUUCUGCCGCUCCUUCAAUGCCGUUAUUAUCUCCGUUAACUACCGUCUCGCCCCCGAACACCGUUACCCCUCCCAAAACGACGACGGGUUCGACGUGAUUAAAUACCUCGACGAAAACGGCGCCGUUUUGGGUGACAUUAAUAAUUGUUUUUUGGUAGGUGAUAGUUCGGGCGGGAACAUAGCGCACCACGUGGCGGUUCGGGUUUGCAAAGAGAAGUUCCGGUUCGUGAGAGUUAUCGGGUUGGUUUCAAUUGAACCGUUUUUCGGAGGGGAAGAACGAACCGAAUCCGAGAUCCGGAUGACGCAAGACCCGUUGGUUUCGUUGGAGAAAACGGAUUGGUAUUGGAAGUCGUUUUUGCCAAGCGGGCUGGGCCGGGACCAUGAAGCGGUAAACGUGAGUGGGCCCAAUGCGGUGAAUAUUUCGGGUUUGGGCUAUCCGAAUACGCUUGUUGUGAUUGCGGGUUUUGACCCGUUACAGGAUUGGCAGAGGAGGUACUAUGAGUGGUUAAGAAAAUCGGGUAUUGAGGCACAGAUAAUUGAGUACCCGAAUAUGAUUCAUGGUUUUCACUUGUUUCCGGAUUUGCCCGACACUUCUGUGUUUGCUUCUGAUGUCAAGGAUUUCAUCACCAAGCAAAUUGCCGACGUGAAUUAAGAGGGUUUAAAUUUGUGCAAUUAGUUGUGAUAGUAUUGAAGAGAGAAAUUAUUUGCCUUUAAUUUGUAUGAAAAGCGAAAGACAGAAAUUUGAUAGACGUGGUGUAUUUAUGUUAUGAAAUUGAUAUGGACAUAUCAUAUGGUGGUUGGGUAGUAGUUGUAUCAUAUAUGCAUUAGGUUGUCAUGCAUGUUAAAGUCAAAGAUCAUUGAUGGAGUUGCUCUAAAACCUCUCUUAUUCUCUUGUAUGUAUAAUAAUGCAUUGAUCUUUUUCGUAUUGUAUAGGUGAUAUUUUUUUUAUUAGAGAAUGUGCAUUAAAAAUUUGUGUUAGA